UAGAGCAAUCGAACAAUGAAAUUUAAUUAAGGCGUGGUGUUGCGUAUUGAUCGGUGAUUUGACAAUCGAUUGGAACGUAACAAUGGCCUCUGUAAGGGAGAAAUGAACGCGAGAAUGAAUUAUUAAGACCGUAACAAAGUUUACUGUGACGUCAAAAUCGUAUUUGUGUUUUGAAGUGUAGCGUGACCGGUGUAGCGUGACGAGUAAGGCUAAGAAGGUCUGAUGGCAGGCCCUCAAAAGUUGGCAGGUUCAAAUUCGAAUCAGAAUAAUAAUAAUCAAGAAGGAAUUGAUCAAAGAGACCCAUUAUGUGCGGGCAUGGGUUGUGUAUUAAAACCAUUCGUUCACCAGGUUAGCGGAAGAGCUCACAUGUUGGCUUUAAACAAAGAAACAAUUUGUAAAAGUCUGUCGGACCGGGAAUGGAUGUUUUACCUUCAGCUCACACCGGCCAUUCAACAAUUCGCCCCCGUAUUGAAAGGUAUCUUGUGCGUGUUGUUGGAAAAUUCACAACGAUUCAGAUCGAUUGAUGCGUGUAUUAUUAAAGCGCCCGUUUCAAACGACGUGAAGUUAAAGAAGGCCGAAACUUUCAACGGAAAUCAUAAAGUCGAGAAGAUUUUAUUCAAAGGAUUGGGUCGUACUGAGUAUUCGAGUAACGAUGGUUUUACCGAUCACCCGUGGACGGUUGACAAGGACCAAGACGCCGUGACGGAAGCAUUCGGGCAAAACCCGUGGUCGCUACGCCAACAUAGAAGAGAGAUAAACAGGACGCUUAAGGGCGACACCUUGCGGAAAGAAGUCGACUUGGAUAAGCUGUGGAGCAACUCGCACGGUGACGCUAUUGAGUCAUACAGAGCUUUGCAGAACCAAGCCAAGCAAAACGGUCAUAAAGUCAAAGCGUACCUACUCCUUGAUGACGUCACAUCCUGUUAUCAAUUCCCGAAUAUAUUGGACCUAAAGAUUGGAACGCAAAUAGAUAGAGCUGGUUGUUCACCCGCUAAGAAAGAUAAACAUUUGAAUUUGGUGCAGAGAAGUAGCACAGGAAGUCUUGGGUUAAGACUGGCUGGGAUGCAGGUUUACCAGGUGAAUGAACGACAAUAUUUAUGUCGAGAUAAAUAUUUUGGUCGCGGUUUAUCAACGAAAGGAUUCAUUGAUACGUUACAUCAAUUCUUGCAUAACGGGCAACGAAUCGUCACCGAAGUUAUACCACCAAUAGUUGACCGCUUGGUGGCGCUAAGGAGAUCAAUAGAACAGCAUGAAUCCUACCGAUUUUUUGCGAGCUCAAUUUUGUUGAGUUAUGAGGGCAAUUCCACAAGCAAUGUACCAUUAUGUAAUGUUCAUAUGAUCGACUUUGCCCACAGCACGAAACCUGGGUUUCUUGACGAUAAAAUAAAAUACCCAGGUCCUGAUAACGAUUGUUUGCAUGCAUUAGAUAAUCUGGUAUCGAUUCUAAACAACUUGCUCCAAAACCCCGAUGCUGGGGUUAACACACGCACUUAAUCUUGUUUGUUGCUUUUAAAGAAAUUAAUUUUCCACGAGACAAAUUAUUUUAUAUUUUGCACCUUUAAUUUUUAAUCAUUGUGAUAAUAAAUACACCUAUACAACCUG